ACGCGACGCCGUCUCGGGAGAUUCCGGCGAGAACGCGACGCGAACCAUGAGCAAGAAAAGACCCCGCGUCGACGACAGCGACGAUGAUCAAGAGUUAUGGGAUGAAGCUGUUCUGGUCGACGAUUAUCUUGUCCGCACUCAAGCCACUCAACAGAUGGCAGCGACGACCUCCAGCGCAAUGCAGAUUGAUGUCGACGUCCCGCGAACAGCAAGCAGGGCGACAGCGGAUGAGAUGCAGAAGAAAAUCGACAACUUGAUCGCCAGGCUCAUGGCGAAGGCCAAGGAAAAGCUGGAGCUGAAAAACGAAGUGAAUCGUCUACGGGCAGCGAACGCUGAUUUCUGUGAGAAGAACUGCAAGAAACAACUCAACGCCGUCAAUUGCGACCUACGUUUCAAAGAGAACGAGCUCUCUAGUCUUCGGAAGAGGGUUAAAGAACUCUCGACAAAGUUGGAAUGCUCGAGGGAUUCGCCGAUGAAGAAGAACGUUUCUCCCAUCUCAAGUCAAGCAACGCACGAUAUUCAGAGGAAGAAGAGAAUUUUCCCAACCAUCAAAUAUACACCUCAUCCCGAUCUGGAGAUUCUCGAGGAUUUCACCCGCUCCGAUCCAUCGGAUGAAUUCGCUCGGAAGCAGUUUAUUCGGUGGAGCGGAACCCGGGGCGACACCGAAAUCGACGGAAACUAUUUACAGCGGAUCGAUCGUUGCCUCCCAGAGGUUUACGCGAAAGUUCUCGAGAGCCAAGAUCCGGCCCUCUGGGCAGGUCUCGUAGACUUCCUCUCCGGCAUCCAGGAUGCCAGCCAGGCGAAGUUUCAUAAAGUCAUCAAUUGGCGCGAAUUUCUGAGCGCCACCGAUCGCCACCAAGCUCUGUUGCGCGCCUUGAUCUGCUUCCUGAGGACAGCGCCGGACGCCACGACGAUAUACCCGAACAUUCGCUCGUUCAUUUUAUUCGAGCGGAACUGGCGCUGUCAGGAGUUCGAGAGCUUGCUGAGCGAGGCCAUGGAUUUCGUACAGAAUCAAUCGCUGUCCUACGAUGGCGAGUACGUCGCGAAAGAGAUCCUCCGGGUGUAUCGUCAGAUUCUCAGCUCAUCCUCAGACCCAGACGUACUGGAAACACUCAUGACGAGCUCGCUCAAACUCAUGUUCCAAGGAGCGGACCUCGACGGGGAGCUCGUCUCUGUCGUCACGAGAGCGGAGGCGUUCCACCACCUCGGAGACGUUUUGAAAAAAGUUAUUCGAUGGCAACCCACGGUUUCCCGUACCGGUUGUCCCGAAAUGAUGGAGAUAGCUGAAAUGUCGUUCAGGGACACCUGA